AUGGCCUCCGUCUACGUUCUCUCAUCCGCCAUUCAGGCAUCUUCGGUCAGCACCUUCACGGGAAAACAGCUCAGUAUCGCGAAGUCACGCAGCAGCACCGCCAAUUUCUCCGCCAAACGCGCUGCAGUGUCUGUGAAGGCCAGCAGCGAGAGCACAUCCUCUGAUGACGUCAGCCGCCGGGAAGUCCUCAAGGCAGCUCUCGUUCUCGGCGCUGCUGUGCCCGCGUCUUCCGCUGGUUUCCUCUCCUUCGCCCCUGCCAGUUCGGCAGACGAGCUAGUGGCGAAGGAUCUGAGCGGCAAGGUGGUGAUGGCGGACAGCUGGCUCGCCACGCACAAGGCUGGCGACAGGACGCUCGUCCAGGGCCUCGAUGAUGAGACGGCUUACAUCGUCGUGAAUGACGAUGGCACGCUCGGCAACUUCGCCAUCAACGCCAUCUGCACGCACAUGGGGUGUGUGGUGCCGUGGGUGGCGGAGGAGAACAAGUUCAUGUGCCCCUGCCAUGGCUCCCAGUACAACAACCAGGGCAUGGUCGUGCAGGGCCCGGCUCCCUUGUCUCUGGCCCUCGAGCAUGCCAACGUGGUGGGUGGCAAGGUCGUCUUUUCCACGUGGACUGAGACUGACUUCCGGACUGGCGAGGAGCCCUGGUGGAUGGAGGACUAG